AUGCGUCUUCUGUCAUUUUCUCUCUUCUUAGCGGCCCUGCUCGGGCUCGUUAAUGCGGCCAGCUUUACUGAGCUAGCCGCUCAGCUCCCCGACUGCGAUAUACAAUGUGUCCAGCAAGCGAUACCACAGUCACCAUGUUCAAUGACAAACACAACAUGUCUCUGUACAGAUCAGAAAUUUGCAGGCUUGACGCAGGCUUGCGUGCUGAAGAACUGCACAGUCAAGGACUCACUGACAUUGAUGAGAAUUCAAAACCUAGCUUGCGGUGUUCCUGUCAAGAGCCAACAGAUGAAGUUCAGGCUCAAUGCACUUGUUGCCUGUAUCCUCGCCGAGAUUUGUGUCAUCUUGAGAAUAUACUCCAAAUUGAAGAUCUUUGGAAAGCUUGGCCCUGAUGACUAUGCGAUUCUCAUUGCAGGAUUUGCUACAGUGCCUUACAUCUGGCUUGCGUGCAGACUUGCAGAUCUUGGCUUCGGGCUAAACAUCUGGGACAUCACUCCGUUCGAGCGCCUGUACGAACUGCUAAAGCUCUUCUGGAUAGACCAGAUCAUGUACAGUGUUCACUUGUAUAGCACAAAGAUCUCGAUUCUUUUCUUUCUCCGUGGUAUUUUCACUACUUCAGAGUUCAAGAAGUUGACUGUGUCGAUCGGCAUCUUUGUCUGCUUGUGUGGUGCUGCUACAAUGAUCACCACUUCACUCCAAUGUCUUCCAGCUUCCUACAAUUGGACAAGCUGGGAUGCCGAGCACAAAGGCCACUGUAAUGACCUCAACUCGCAGACUUAUGCUUUUGGUGGAAUCAACAUGGCUUGCGAUAUCGUCAUCCUGGUCUUGCCGAUCAACCACCUUUGGAAGCUGCAGGUCAAGGGCCGGCAGAAGAUUCAGCUCUUUGUUAUGUUCAGUCUAGGCAUUGUUGUUACGGUGUUUAGUAUCAUCCGUCUACCAUUCCUGAUCACAUUGGGAAAGACGACUAACCCAACUUGGGAGUACGUUGAAGUCACCAUCUGGUCUAUCUGGGAAACGGAACUCGGCAUGGUAUGCGCAAGCCUCCCAGCCAUCCGCCACCUGUUCAAGCAUCUCUGGCCCAACGCCAUGGCUACCAUUGCCUCCAAGAUGAGCUUCUCCAGCACAAACAAAGACUCCACACUCGACAAGAGUGCUGGAAGCUGGGGUGGCAGCCGUGGGGCUCGCUCCAAGACAGAUAACAAGGAGUACUAUGAGCUUGAUGAGCGGAGUCUCAUUGGCAAGGGGCCGGAUCCUGCCACUAAUGUGAGCUCCACCAACGUUCAUUCGAUGGCGUAG